AUGCCCACCCCUGUCCUCCGCCUAGGGAUCCUAGGUGCCACGGACGCCGUGCAAGCCACCUACCUCCCGGUCCUCCGUUCCCUCAAAACACACUACACCCUCACAUCCAUCUACGACACCAACGCUGAAAUCGCAAAAAAAUGCCAAGUCAGCUUCAACAUAACACAAAGCACAACCGUCGUCGAAGAUGUCCUGCUCCAUAAAGAAGUGGACGUCAUCCUCAACCUCCUCCCAAUGGAGUACCACGAGCAAUACACCGUGGCAGCCCUCGAAGCCGGCAAAGAUGUAAUGGUUGAAGUCCCCCUCACAAUGAGCAUCUCAAGUUUGCGCCGCAUCCGCGAGGCAAUCAGAAAAGGCAAAGCCUCCCGCUCUCUCGGCGGUAUCAACGAAACAGACGGCCCAAAGGUAUUCGUCGGAUGUGCGCGGCGCUACGCGCCUUGUUUCACAGAGGUCUUCAAGAAAGAGCUCGCCACCCUAGGCCGCGUGUACUACGCGCGCUGCCGACACAUCGCCGGCCCAAUGAACAACAUUGUUUCAAAGGAUACCAUGCCGCAAUUGAAAAACAGCAAUAACCCAGAGCAGUUCCGCGCGCUGCUGGAAGAGGUCUUUGGGUCUCGAGACGACCUCACUCCGGACAGAAUCGCUUUCUGUCGCUACCUCGGUAUGCUGGGUUGUCAUGAUCUGUCGAUGAUGCGUGAGUCGUUGGGGUUCCCGGAUGCUGUUUCUAACGUCGCUAUCACGGAUCCGUUCUACUCUGCCAUUUUCCACUAUACGAAUUCCUCUGAGAACGGCGGUAAUCCGUUCACGGUUUUGUAUGAAGCUGGUGUUGAUGCUCUACCUCGCUGCGAUGCUCAUUUGACCGUCUACGGCGCGCACAAAACUCUCAGCGUCGAGUAUGACUUCCCGCGUCCUGGUGAGAAGAUCAGUACUGGUACCUAUGUGCGGGUUGUUGUUGAGGAAGCGGAUGAGUCGACGGCGACGGAGCAUGUCAAUGGAAACCGCACCCACGAGACUAAGAAUGCUGUUCCUCGUUCUCGUGUGAAGCGGACGGAGACUUUUAGUGCCUGUGACGAGGCGUAUGAGCGUGAAUUCAUGGCUCUGCAUUCUUAUCUAGUUGGUGAGGGGUCCGCGGCAAAGACGACUGCUGAGGACGCUGUCAUGGAUCUGCGGUUGCUACUUAUGAUCUUUGAUCACUACAACCGCCAGUGUGGUACUAUUCGGACCCCGUUGGGUUGA